AUGACUAAGUUAUCUAAAGAAUCUGUUAGCAAUCUGUCGGAUGAGGAACAGGAAGUCAAGGAUGUUUUCCAAAUUCCUAGAGGCUAUAAACAAUGUCAACACCUCAAUAAGUUCAAUAAGCCAAGUAAAGCUGACAAGAAGGAAGUUUGGUUGCUGAAGGUGCCCAAAUCUUUGGAUAUUUCUAAACUUAAGACAUUGCCUAUCGAUUUUACAGGAGAUGCUCCAAGCGAGUUGUCAUUAGGUGACAGAAAAUACCUUUUAAGAGAAGACCUACUACAAGAGGAUCAACAGGCGCAAGAUUCCAAGGGCAACAAGUUUUCAAUUAUGGUUCCCAAUAAUGAGGAUAACUUGACUGUUGAUUGUAAACUAAGUAUUGCAAAGUUUUUCAAUGUGAGUGAGGCAGUAGAUAUUCCUGCUAUUCAAUACGAUCAAAUCAGGACUCCCAGGCAAGAUGUCUUAAAGGUAACUGGUUUAAAAAUGAGACAUUUCGCAACUGGGUACAAUGCAGAAGAUUUUGAUAUCGAUGAGGAGAAACGGUUAUCUGAUGGCGAACCACCUACGAAGAAGUAUAAGAAGUCACACGAAGGCAAGAAGGAGAAGAAGGAGAAGAAGGAGAAGAAGCAUAAGGAGAAGAAAGAGAAGAAAGAUAAAAGAGACAAAAAGGAUGACAAGGCUAAGAAAGAGAAGAGGACAAAGCAUUAA